ACCGCCCCGGCCGGCCUGUGUCCGCCCCGGGCCGGGGCUGCCCGCGCCCCGCUCGGCCCCGGCCCUGACACCGGCCCCGGUCCGCCAGCCGCCGCCCGCUUUGCUGCCCCGGGGGCAGGUGCCCCCCCUGGGGACGGGUGCCCCCCCGGCCCGGGACCCCCUCAGAUUUGGACAUGGCCAGAGAACCCAAGCCAAGCCGGGCCAGGCUGGGCCAGAAGAGGCAGCACAGCAGCACCCUGUACCACAGUAACUGCGAUCUGGACUACGAUCUCUACAGGGAUGACUUCCCGUACCGAGUGUAUGAGUACCAGAAAAUCCCACCUCUCAUUAACCGCAUCCCUGUCAAGGCCAGACGAACUCAUGUUGGGGCAGGAGGCAAAAGUAGUCUAAGCCCCCAGCCUGGGACGAGGAGCAGCACCAGCUCCACGACAGGACGGACAAAGUUGCGGGCCGAAGAGCUGCACUCGAUCAAAGGGGAGCUGAGUCAGAUCAAGGCACAGGUGGACAGUCUGCUGGAGAGCCUGGACCGCAUGGACCAGCGGAGAGACCGUCUCUCAGUCUCUGUCCCUGCAGGGUCCAAGGAGAGCGAGAAGAAAAGGGCCGAAGUGGGUGCAGAGCCGCCAUCCCCAGCAGGAGAGGGGCCACGGGAGCCCCAGGGGAAGGAGGCGUCAGGAGCUGAUGGGCACAGUGACCUGCGCAACAUCGACAGUGCAGAGGAGAGCACGGACACCGAGGAGACGAUGAAAAAUCACACGUCAGACCCCGAGGGGAGUCAGUAGAUGGACUGGGAUACCGUGGCCUUCCUGGUGGGCCAGCAGUUCCUGUCUUGUGUUCGUAUUUCUUUUGAGGCUUCCAGCUAGUGCCACGUGUGAUGCGAGGUACCCACUUGCAGCACUCAUGCCCAGCACGGGCAUCCCCUGCCACUGUUGCCAGCAGCCCCAUGUCCCACCCCUGCAAGACUUUGGCCUGCUGUGGUGAGAGAAGCCUUUGUGUUUGCGCUUUUUAAUUUUUUUUCCCCUCCUGUUUUUAGACUAGGGAUAAAUAAAUGUGUUGGGAGGGUUAGAGGGUAGAAGCAAAAAGAACCACGUCCCAAAGGAACAUCAGUGCUGAGCAGAAAUCUAGGCCGCUUUGUGUGCGAUGGUCCUCCCCCUUCUCACAUCAUGCUGCCAAAGGAGCAAGGAGGCCCUGGAGCCUGGUGCAGCACGCUCUGUAUCGCAGAGAAAGGACCCAGUACCAUUAGCUCUCCCUGUGCCAGGCGCUGCACUGACCCUUCUGUGCACUGCACAGCUCACAUGCCAACCUCCUCUGCCCCAAAAGCAUGCCCACCAGCCUGCCCUCCCCAUAGCCCUUGUCUGCAUGCUUUGAGCCCCACAGGGAACUUGCGCCAACUGUGGCACUACGUGGCCUCUCAAAAAGUUCAGCAGGUGCCAGUACAGCAGGCCAAGGUGCUCAGAGCUGCAUGGCAUCAUGUUGUGACAACCGCUGUGCAGCCAUCCUUCUGCUGUGCCAUCAGAGGCCGUGGGGAUGAGUGCCACCCUGAGAUGGCUCCAGGGGUCUUCACAGCAAGGGCUGAGCGUUUCAGGACAGGGAGCAGGGUCUGCAUGCUGAGCCCAGCCCCAACACUGGCAGACAGGCGCAGAAGGCUGGUGCAAGCUGUAGUUUUCACCCAUGUCAGCUGCAUCACGUACAUCUGGCCAGAGCUCGCAGCCUGGCUGCGCUCCCUGCACGUGUCCAAGCCAGGCAGCCCUUCCAGAGCAGCAAGGCCGUAGUGUAGGCCAGGUGACCAGCACAGCAGCGCCCUGGCAAGUGGGGCAGCACGACAAGCAUAGACAUUCUCAUAUUGCAGCCUGGUGCCAUGGGCUUGGCAGAGGGAGAGAGGGGAGGGUGACAAGGAUUUUGGGUCUGAUGCAGCAGGGACUCGAGAGCUGAUCUUAAAACAGGCCAAAGCUGCAGCUCUGUCUCUCCUGGGGGGUGACAGGUUGGAAAUACCCCUCAUUGCUUAGGGGAGACCCAGCCACCAGGAACUGCACAUGGAAGGGGCCUUUGCAGCCUGUCCUGUUUGGCCUGGCAGCUCACCACAGUCAGACGCCACCAGCCCAAUGCGGUGUGGUGCAAGCCAAAUCACUGCCCGUCACCCACGCUCACAAAUGUGUCAUCUUUGCUGGUCUGUCUGCCUCACUACACAAUAGCGUUUGCAGUCACCGGGACUCCCAUGAGCAGCUUUGCCAGCAAUAAUGGGAGGUGUUGGCUUUGCCAUCAGGCACAUUUCUGCUGUGUAGACAGUGGCAGGAGAGUGCUUUGGGGCUCACCUUCAGCCAAGGAACUCGUGGUCCCCUCCAUUCUCCGUGUUCUGCAGAGUUGUAUCUUGUUUCAGUGUCCCUCGUUUCUAGGUCGUCCUUCUCUCGCUGGUAGGAAAGUGUUCUGUAUUUCUAAUUUGCCCUGGUAAAAGAGUGUAUUGUGUUGGAAAGAAAAAAAAAUAAAAUUUGUAUUUCUUUUCUCUGGUUA